AUCUUCGCCGCCUGCCCCGAGAACGACGAGACGGACACCUCCAAGGUGGUGGAGAUCCAGAACAAGCAGAUGAUCGAGUGGGCGCUGGGCGGCUUCCAGCCCUCCGGCCCCAAGGGCCUGGAGCCCCCCGAAGAGGAGCGCAACCCCUACAAAGAACGGCUGGUCUACGAGGUCCGGCAGAAGUGCAGGAACAUCGAAGGCCUGCUGGUGCUGAAGGACCUGGGCAUCCAGGUGGACCGCUACAUCGCCUCCGAGGUGUGCGAGGACUCCAUCACCGUGGGCAUGGUGAGGCACCAGGGCAAGAUCAUGUACGUCGGGGAUGUCCGCAACGUCACCCAGAAACACAUACAGGAGUGGGGCCCCUUCGACCUGGUGAUCGGCGGGAGCCCCUGCAACGACCUCUCCAUCGUCAACCCGGCCCGCAAGGGGCUCUACGAGGGCACCGGGCGCCUCUUCUUCGAGUUCUACCGCCUGCUGCACGAAGCGCGGCCCAAGGAGGGCGACGACCGGCCCUUCUUCUGGCUCUUCGAGAACGUGGUGGCCAUGGGCGUGAGCGACAAGAGGGACAUCUCGCGCUCGCUCGAGUCCAACCCCGUCAUGAUCGAUGCCAAAGAAGUGUCAGCCGCGCACAGGGCACGGUACUUCUGGGGGAACCUGCCCGGCAUGAACAGGCCGCUGGCGUCCACGGUCAACGACAAGCUGGAGCUGCAGGAGUGCCUGGAGCACGGGCGGAUAGCGAAGUUCAGCAAGGUGCGGACCAUCACCACGCGCUCCAACUCCAUCAAGCAGGGCAAGGACCAGCACUUCCCCGUCUUCAUGAACGAGAAGGAGGACAUCCUGUGGUGCACGGAGAUGGAGAG